UAAGUGUAAAGAAACAUUCAAAAACAGCUGAUUUAUGUAAACAUCGGAAUUCUUUCUUCAUUGAAAUUUGCAAUAAGUUGAAAAUAAAUUUAAAGAACUGGAGAAAAUGAAAAAAAGGGGUGGCAAUAAAAUUAAUUUGAGAAAAGUACCUAAGAAAAAACACCGCAUGGCAGAUAGUGAAAUAUAUAAUGUAGGAAUCAAAAAGGGUACAUGUAUUUCUCGAAAAACUGCAGUCAGUAUUUUAUAUAAAGCCGCGCUGGUUUUAUUACGCUGUGAUUCUGACACUGAAUCCGAAAGCGAAGAAGAAAAUGAUGAUGAAUUUUUGUACCACCUGAGUAAAUAUGAUGAGCUAAUUGCAAUUAUUUGCGCACAAGAUGAAAUUAAGAAUCAUAAAAACUAUAUUGAAAAUAUUCUACAGACUUAUACAGAGGAAAAAUUUCGAUACCGUUUUCGGUUGUCGUCAGAGGUUUUCGCAAGCAUUGUAGAUAUGUUCGGUAAAAGCGACACGUAUAUAGCCCUACGCGCAGAUAAACGCUUAACAGCAAAAACAUAUGUUGCUGUUUUCUUGUGGUUUGCUGGCGACGAUAAAUGCAACUUUAGAGUUCUUGCUAAUCGUUUUAAACUGUCUAUAUCUAGUAUAUCAAGAAUAAUUGAUAGGGUGACCUUCUUUUUGAGUUCUUUGAGUUCAAAAACAAUUAGUUGGCCAACUAAACAAAAAAAGAUAGAAACAAGUGAAUUCUUUAGCGAAAUGGGUUUCUCCAAGGCGAUUGGUUGUAUUGAUUGUGCUCGUAUCGCUAUUGAUACACCUGCCGAUCGCAAGCAUAAUUUCAUAGACACGGAGGGCCAAAGUACUAUAUGUGUGCAAGGAAUUUGUGAUGAGAACAAAAAAUUUUUGGAUGUGUUUGUAGGAUAUCCAGGCUCAUGCCGUGAUAAGUUGGUCUUUCAAAACUCAGUCAUCUACAAACAACUGCCAACCAACUGUAAAAAUUUUUACCUGCUAGGGGAUUCCGCGUAUCCAUGUCUUGAAAAUUUGAUUACUCCAUACAAUGAUAAUGAGCGUUUGACAAGGAUACAGAAAAAAUUUAAUAUAAAACAUAGCUAUGCACGUAUGUCAAUAGACAAUGCAUUUGGAAUGUUGAAACAGCGAUUCCGACAAUUAUAUCACUGCAAGUUGAAAGGAACGCAGAAGCUGUGCCAUUUUAUAAUGGCAUGUUGUGUAUUGCAUAACAUUGCUGACGAAAAUGACCUUCAGUUUGUUUAUGAAAUAAAUUAAGAGGACCCCAAACUCUCUGAUGAAACUGGACAUAUCGCCGAGAGAUGCUACUCUAAAACAAUAAUUGAAAAGGUAAAUGUUAGAUUUCAGGCGUGCAACGUAUACUUAUUGCUAUUUCGUAAUUUGCAUCCAAUUUCGUGAAUUAAAUUAAAUUUAUUAAAAAAAGUGUGGGCACAAUAAAUUUGUAAUUUAAUUUUAAUUAAAAUG